AUGCAAAAGGUAUCUGUUAAUCUUGAUUCUCGGAGACACUACCUUGCACAACAAAACUAUUCUGCCCGUUUAUCUAUUGCUACAUUGAAACAUUUCUUCUACAGCCCAAAAAGUGGGCUGAAUGAGAAACAAAAACAUAAGGGCAUUCUCUUUAUAUUGUGCUUCCCUACAAGGGCCUCCAUUUACGAUACCGAUUGCUUAACCGUUAGAGAUGAUUCAUCACCGUUUUUGGGGUUCGGUUUUGUGCUCGCAUCGAAUGUUUUGUUAUUCAUCCGUAUCACGGUAGAAAUUAAAUGA